AUGAGCAGCAGCGAGAUGCAGCAACCACAGCCACCUCUCAACACGCAGCAUCUUACCACCGCACCACCACUUGGGCCGUUGCACCGCUGCACACCAACCACCAGCCUCCCGUGGUGCCGCCCUCGCCUCGACUUCUCGGUCGGCCUGCCUGCCUGCCUGCCUUUGAACAAUAAUAUCAUCAUCCUUUGCUCGCCAUCCUUUUCGCGUGCCCUCCGCACUCGCCUCCGCACUCGCCUCCGCACUCGCCUCCGCACUCGCCUCCGCACUCGUCGUCACAGCCGUCGCCGCCUCGACCCCCGCGACCGGCCGUCCGCGUCAUUGAUUCCUCACCGGUGCUCGCCCUUUUUUCGCCUCAACCGUCACCGACCGACAGUCGAAGGCUUCCUGACGCACCGCACGCAGUCGUGUGCGUCCUCGGCGCCUUGGCCUGCCCUCGUCCUCCGUCACUCGUUUCGUCGCCCUCGCCUGCGUCUUUCCCCCUCCCCCCGCGCCUCGGCGCGUCGUCGAUCCAACAUGAAGUCGUCCCUGCCGUCCACCGCCGUGGCGGUGACGAUGCUCUCGAUGGCGAUGCGGACGUCGGCCCAAGACUCGCCCUUUUCCAUCGACACCGUCGAUGCGACGAAAAAGACGGCCAGCGUCCUGGCCUGGGACAUGAUGCAGUACUACAAGGGAAACCUGUCGGGACACGUGCCCGGCAUCCUGCCCGGUCCGCCGCCGGCCGGCGACUACUACUGGUGGGAGGGCGGUGCCAUGUGGGGGACGCUGAUCGAUUACUGGGCCUGGACAGGGGACUCGUCGUACAACGACGUGAUCAUGCAGGCGAUGCAGUUCCAGGUGGGCGAGGACAAGGACUACAUGCCUCGCAACGUCACCGCCUCGCUCGGCAACGACGACCAGGGCUUCUGGGGCAUGUCGGCCAUGCUCGCGGCCGAGCAAAAGUUCCCGGACCCGCCGUCGGACAAGCCGCAGUGGCUCGCGCUCGCCCAGGCCGUCUUCAACACGCAGGCGAGCCCGGACCGGCACGACAAGACGUGCAACGGCGGCCUCCGAUGGCAGAUUCCCUUUGCCAACAACGGCUACAACUACAAGAACAGCAUCGCCAACGGCUGCUUCUUCAACCUCGGCGCUCGCCUGUACCGCUACACGGGCAACCAGACGUACCUCGACUGGGCCGUCAAGACGUGGGACUGGAUGGAGCAGGUCGGCUUCAUCGACGGCACGACGUACGCCAUCUACGACGGCGCCAACGUCAACGACGACUGCAAGGACAUCAACAAGGCCCAGUUUUCCUACAACAACGGCGUGUUUGCCCAGGGCGCGGCGUUUUUAUACAAUGCGACGCAAGAUGCCGUCUGGGAACAGAGAGCGACAAAGCUCGUGCAGACGGGGCUUAAAAACUUUUUCCCCAACGGCGUCGCCGUCGAAAUCUCGUGCGAAAACGUGGGCACCUGCACGACCGACAUGCUCACCUUCAAGGGCUUCGUGCACCGGUGGUACUCGGUCAUCACGCAGAUCAUGCCCUCGCUGGCGCCGACGAUCCUGCCGACGCUCAAAAAGUCGGCCGAGGCCGCGAUCAAGCAGUGCACCGGCGGCGCGCUCGGCCGGCAGUGCGGCCUGAAGUGGGCGAGCGGCACCUACGACGGCAAGACGGGCGCCGGCCAGGAGAUGGCGGCCCUCGCCGCCGUCUCGUCGCUGCUCAUCAACAGCGCCAAGGUGCCGGUGACGGAGAAGACGGGCGGCACCUCCAAGGGCGACCCCAACGCGGGCUCGGCCGGCGACGACUUCCAGCAGCACGUGGCGCCCAUCACGGCGGCCGACAAGGCCGGCGCCGGCAUCCUGACGGCCGUCAUCCUCGGCUGCGCCGGCGGCAUGUUUGGCUGGAUGAGCUUGGGGGCCUGA